GUGGCCUUAUAUUUUUAGUGUGCCGGUCCGAUCCGAAGGCCUGCAGCUAUGACCCCAUGAAAUAAAUUUAUUUCUCGGCGCAACGGCGUCAUAGAUAGUAUACUCAACAUUCUUCACCUCCCUAAUUUACAGUUGCUUCGUUGCUAUCAAAUCGUGUGUUUCUUUUUCUUAAUUUCGAAGCAAAAGUUGUCCCUCCUUAAAUUACAACAAACAGCAAUAAUAGUCUCAGAUCCAGUGAAUAAACGAAGAUUUAAAGAAAAAAAUGGAGAAGGUGAACCAUGCGUUUGAGAAAGUGAAAAUGCUAGUGGGAAUAGAGGUUGAAGACGAAGAAUCGGAAGGAGCUGCAGCUUCUGAAAAUAGCAGUUCUUUUGCUUUUAUGGACGACUUCAAUCGCCAAUGCACUUUGUCCACCAAACAGAGGAUGUAUGGUUUUGCCAUAUGCUUAUCAGCAGGUUUAUUUUGUACUCUACUGUCAUUGCUUGUGUUCUUCAAUCCAAUCAAGUUCGGGAUCACAUUCACAUUUGGGAAUUUACUUUCUCUUGGGAGCACAGCAUUCCUAAUCGGUCCAAAACGGCAGGUGACAAUGAUGCUUGAUCCUGUUCGUAUAUAUGCAACAGCCUUAUAUCUUGCAAGUAUAAUUAUUGCUUUAUUUUGUGCUCUCUAUGUUCAUAACAAGCUAUUGACACUUAUAGCAAUCAUCUUAGAGUUUGGUGCACUAAUUUGGUAUAGCUUGAGCUACAUCCCAUUUGCAAGGACCAUGGUCUCCAAGGUCAUGGUAGCUUGCUUUGACACUGAAUUUUAGGCUGAUAUAAAUUGAGGAUGCUAUAUAAAUCCAUUGAAGAAGAGUCUGAUUCCUCGACUAUAUGUGUAAUCUUUCAGCUGUUUUUCAUGUAGAGGGAGGUUAGUCCACAUCAGAUGUAUCGUCAAUCCAUCAUGAAAUGUUUAUACAUGAAUAGCUUUCUAUAAUCCAAAUUUUGUAUCCUACCUUUUUUUGUGUUACCAUGAGAAAUCUGCUUUGGCUAUGUUAAUAGAAGUUGGCCUCUUCUGUACAAUUUGAGUUGGAUGGACUCAUGCUGAGAAAUAAUUAUCUGACUUGAAUUUGCUUUUUGCUUUUCUAUUUUAAUCUUUGUAAUA